UGUAUACGCAAGACAACAUAAAUUUUUUUAUAUUUUAUGUUUAAUUUACACAUCUAUCAAAAAUGUUUUCAAAUGUAUUGAGUGUAAUUACAUGCAUCUCUAGUUUUGUGUAUACAUGCUACAUUUUAUGCAAUUUGAUCUACUUCUUGUCAUAUCAUGGUGAUACAGAUAAAGAUAUCAACAUAAUAUCAGAUGACAAAACAGUUGAAUCUGCACUAUGGUCAGUUUUAUGCAAUAUGUUGCUUCUCACAAUCUUCAUCUUUCAACAUUCCAUCAUGGCCAGUGAAUUUGUCCAACAAACUUUCUUCAGAUUACACAUUGAAUAUCUUCGCAGGAGUAUUUACAAUGCUUGUAGUGCAGCAAGCUUUCAUUUCCUCAUCAGUAAAUGGCAACAAACUCCAGCUGUGACACUUUGGAAAAUUGAAACUUCCAAUGAUAUAACCUGGAUGUUAUUCUUUGGCCUCCAUAUGUUUGCUUGGAGUAUUAUAUACAGUGGGUGUAUCAUGAUGGAUAUUGCAGAGCUGUGUGGACUUAAACAAGUAUGGUAUAAGAUAUGCAAUAGAAACAAUCCAUUGGACACAAAAUCCAAGGAGUUGUGUAGAUACAUAAGACAUAUGAGACAUCCUAGUUUAAUUGGAUUUCUCAUUAUUUUAUGGAUUUAUCCCUCUAUGAGCAUGGACCGAUUAUUAUUGUCUACUAUAUUAACGAUAUAUAUGAUAUUGAUGUGGACUAUAGAUUUUGAAGAUUACAAUUAUCAUAUCAGAUAUUUUAAAAGAAAACAAAUUGAAUUGUCCUAAGUAUCUAACUAAAUGUUUAUUUUCGUA